AUGCCUAAAAAAAGGCAUUUUAAAAAGCCAACUCUCGGCAACAACCCUAAAAAUAUCAUGGACAUCAACGAAAAGACAACCCAAAACACAGAUAGCUCCCCCACCACCAUGGAUACAUCAUACACCGAUGAAAACCUCAAGGAAACAACAACCAACUCACCAGCCACACAGGAAUCACCCGUCCAGGAAAAAAGACCCGCACCAUCAACAUCUAGCUCCAGCUGCCAGGAUAACACGUCUAUCGCGAAAACCCCAACCGUUUCUACACCUCCCCAAACAGAAACCGUAAGGACACGGACCACCAACGGUAUACUCGAAACCAAAUUAAAAGAAUCAGCCAAAAACCCACAACCCCCUCAAAAAAAACCAAAACGCACAAACUCGAUUGAGCAGAUAAUAUUGAAACUUGAUGAAGCGCUACUUCCCGCAAAAAAGGCUUUUGAAAAUAUCCCAAACCUAAAAAUCAACUACAAUCAAUUUAAAUACAUCAUUGAAAACACACUUUCCGAGCCAAACCCCUCCCACAUCGUAGAGGCACUCAACAUCUCAACCAUGGAAAUGAUUGUAAUUAUCGACACGGUGCGCCCGAAAAUUAAUAACCUUAGCAUCAAGAAUAGACUUACGAGACUAGCUAAAACACUUCUCUCGUCUCUUUCAGCUGUCCCCACCGACACUUCCCUAUCCCAAUAA